AUGGAGCGACGAUUCGUUGCGCCUCUUCUGGCGGCUGCCGCUUUUCUGCUCCUCCUGGCUUUCGCCUCCGCAUCUUCCGAUGACAUCGCCGGUUGCGGCGGCUUUGUGCGUCUCUCCAAGGAGCUGCAAAGUAAGUCCAAGCUGCCUUACGAGACAAUUCACGUUGAAUUGGUGAGUGCUGACGGCGAGCUGGUCAAGGAGCGAGCUGAGUGUGCGCCCAAUGGCUACUACUUCCUUCCCAUCUACGACAAGGGUUCCUUCAACAUGCGAGUCCACGGCCCCGAGGGCUGGAAUUUCGAGCCGAGCUCUGUCCUGAUUGACGAAGGCCGAUGCGACUCGUCGCGCGAUUACAACUUCAUCGUCACUGGUUUCGUUCUUUCGGGCACCGUCCGCAGUCUGGGCCAGUCCAGCGCGGAGGAGGGCCAGAAGGGACCCGCCGGCGUGGUGAUCACGCUCAAGAACAAGGCCAACGCCAAGGUCGCCGACCAGACCACGACCACCGGUCAGGACGGCGCCUUCCACUUCAGCAACGUGUUCCCCGGCACCUACGAGAUCGUCGCUUCGCACCCCUCGUGGACCUUCGUCAAGGAUCGCACGGAGGUGAGCUUCGAGUGGGACAACGUGCGGGUGAAGGACGAGCUGCUGGUCGGCGGCUUCGAGGUCUCCGGCUCCGUCCAGUCCGUCGAUGAAAACGCCGCCGUGCCCGGCGUCGACUUCAUUCUCUACUCGGCGUCCGAUCUCAAGGAUCUGCCCCUCAGCUGCUCCACCGAUGGCGUUUCUGGUGCUCCCGAGGAGAAGGGCCUGAAGGCCGUGUGCGGUGCGCGCUCCGAUGCGGCCGGCAAGUUCGUCAUCAAGGGCGUCCCGUGCGGCCAGUACACCCUCGUGCCGCACUACCGCUCCUCCAACACCAACUACGACCUCCUUCCCUCGCGCGUCGACGUCACCGUCUCGCAUGCGAACGCCGAGGUGAGCGAGCCGUUCCGCGUGGCGGGCUUCUCCGUGGAGGGCCGCGUGGUUGACGUCGACGGCGCGGGCAUCUCCGGUGCCACCGUGCUGUUCGACGGCGUCGAGAAGGCCACCACCGACGCUGACGGACACUACCGUGUCGAGAAGGUGCGCGUGGGCAGCUACGCCGUGGAGGUGGUCAAGGACCACGUCUUCUUCGACGCCCUGAAGAGCGUUCAGCUGUCGCCGUCCAAGGCGCAGGUCCCGCAGAUCAAGGCCGCCUCCUACCACCUGUGCGGCCGCGUGAACCUCUCGUCGGGCCGCGCCGACGAGAAGCAGAAGCCCGGCCACCGCGACGUGCUCCUGGUCGAUGCCGUCUCUGGUAGCGAGGAGCGUCGCUCGACGGAUCCCACCGGUGCGUUCUGCUUCGAGGUGGUGCCCGGCCGGUACCGCGUCACCCCCGUCAUCUCGGCCGCCGAGGAGCGCGCCGGUCUUCUCUUCGUGCCCGCCAAGCGCGAGGUCACCCUCAACAAGAGCCCCGUUCUCGAUGUCAACUUCGGCCAAGCGCUGGUGACAGUGCAGGGCGUGGUGCGCUGCCUGGAGGCCCCGUGCGAUCCCUCCAUUUCGAUCACCCUCACCGGGACCGACAUCGAGUCGCACAUGACCGCCAGCCUGAGCCCCGGCGAGAAGCAGGAGGCCACCUACGCCAUCCGCGACAUCAAGCACGAGUCGUGGUGCUGGAAGCAGACCACCCACAAGCUGGACGUCAAGGCCGAAGCCGAGACCGGCAAGUCCCACAUCCAGGCGCCCGAGUUUGUCCACGAAGGUUACCAGCUGAGCUCGGUCGUGUCGCACGACGUCAAGCUCGUUGCCUCGUUGGACUCGGCGCCCAAGGAGCGUCAGACCUUCGAGCUGACCAAGGGCACCAACCGCUUCUGCCUCAACAAGCCCGGCGUGUACACGCUCACUCCGGUCUCGUGCUACAAGUUCGAGAGGGACACGUACAAGUACGACACGGCCAACCCGCGUCUGCUUGAUCUGCAGGCCACCCACUACCUGCUCAACGCCUCCGUGCUCACCGCCGAGCCCGCCUCCAACAUCACCAUCCACGUCGCGGUCGACCACUCGCAGAAGGCCGGUCGCAAGGACGCCGCGCACGAGGAGUACUACGUCAGCACUAGCGAGGAACAGCGCAGCGUCGAGGGUGGAAAGCACCACUACGGCUUUGCCCUCUGGGUCGCGCCCGGCGACAAGCUCACUCUCACGCCCAAGGCCUCCACCGGCUCCGACCUCCUGUUCUACCCUUCGUCCACCACCUUCACCCUGAGCAAGCCCGAGUGCCCUUCGCCCCUCGCGCCGUUCCAGGCCCGCCCCGGCUCGUACGUCAAGGGUCGCGUCGAACCCGCGAUCGCGAACGUCCGCAUCAGCGUGUACACCACCGGGGAGGACGGCGAGAGGCGCCUCGUCUCCGAGUCCACCACCACGGCCAGCGGCAACUACUCCAUCGGACCCCUGCCCGACAACACCCCCUACGAAAUCGAAGCCGCGCACGAGGGCUACUAUUUCAAGCAGACCGAGACCGGCGUGUUCCAGACCCAGAAGCUGGGCACCGUGGCGGUGACGGUCAAGGACGAGGCCGGCAACGCGCUGCCGGGCGUGGUCAUCUCGCUCUCCGGCGAGGGCUACCGCAGCAACAACCCCACCAACCAACAGGGCGUCUUCACCGUGUCCGCCCUCCACCCGGGCAGCUACUACCUGCGCCCGCUCCUCAAGGAAUACGUCUUCACGCCUUCCGCCACGAGCGUGGAGGUGAAGGAGGGACUCGAUGAGAAGGUGACCAUCAGCGCCAAGCGCGUGGCCUACUCGUGCUUCGGCAAGGUGCGAUCUCUCAACGGCGAGGCCGAGAAAUUCGUGCCCGUCGAGGCUGUCUCCGCCACCGGCGAGGUCGAAGAGACCCAAACGGACGCCGAGGGCAACUUCCGCCUGCGUGGUCUCCAGCCGGGCAAGGAGUACCGUGUUCGCGUCAAGGCCACCGCUGACCAGCGCAUCGAGCGUGCCGCGCCCUCCGAUGGCUACCUCGUCACACUGGCUGCGAACGAGGCCCUCACGGACGUGCAGAACCAGGACUUCCUGGUGUUCCGUCGUCUGCCCAAGACCGACCUGACCGGCGAGGUGAUCGCCGAGCCGCACGUGCUCUCCACUCUCAAGGUCGAGGUGUUCGAGGACGGCAAGUCGGAGGUGGUGAAGAGCGUGGGCCUUGGCCCGUCGACCUUCUUCAACGCCGGGCCCCUGAACCGCGACGCCAAGUACCGCGUUCGCCUUUCGUCCAGCCUCUCGUCUCGCUCCUACUCGCACGCUCCCCAAGAGGUGUCGGUGGAUCUCGAUUCGGCGACGCACCUGAAGCUCAACUUCACCGCGACCAUGCACGAUCCCCUGCGUCACGACCUCACGAGCACGCCCAUCUUCUCCUUCAUUUUGGCCGUCCUUCUCAUUGCCCUCGUCUACUUCCACAAGCUCGCCUUGGAGGUGGGCAAGGCGGCGCUGUCGGGUGACAUCAACGCGGUGAGGGGUCUGCUGCGGCCCAAGGCCGAAGAGGAGGAGGACAGCGCGACCUCGUUCCUGUCCCCGCACCACCUUCAUCCCGCCAAGGUCGGCCGAGCGGGCGCGCGAAAGAACGCGCCUCGUCCUGGCUACCGUCCCUCGCGCUCCUAA